UCCCGCAGUGACGUCAUUUGCCGGCGACGGCUGUGUGGCUUCCCGCACGCGGCUCUGUUGUCGGGCAUGGAGGCGGCUGACCCCGCCGGGGUUGCGGGUUCUUCCCCGGAGCUGGCCGUCUGCGGGGACCUGAUGGUGGUCACCGGUGGAGCCAAGCUCCUGGCGGCCCUUUACAAAGAGCCUGGGAAUGAAGAUAUUUUCAUUUAUGACUGUUCCACAGCAACAGAGAAACUUCAACAGAAUCAAGGAGAUGACGGAAAGUCAGUGGGUGAAGCAAGUAACGAUAUCCUUGCCUGCACGUUUUCUUCAUCAGGAACCUACUUUGCUCUGACUGAUGACAACAAACGACUGAUCCUUUUUCGUACGAAACCGUCUUGGGAAUGUCUGAGUGUAAGGUCUGUCAUUAGAAGAUGUACUUCCCUGAUUAUAACAGCGGCAGAAGAUAAGAUAUUGGUUGCUGACAAAUCAGGUGAUGUCUAUUCGUACUCAACAACAGAGCCUGAAAAUGCAGGAACAAUUGAACUUGGUCACUUGUCUCUUCUGUUGGAUGUGGCGCUGAGUCCCGAUGACCAGUAUAUCCUGACCGCUGACCGUGAUGAGAAGAUACGAGUUAGUUUGACUAGAGCACCACAUAACAUUGUGUCCUUCUGCCUGGGACACAGAGAAUUUGUCAGCAAAAUAUUUGUAAUACCAAACUAUCCAGAACUUCUCUUAUCAGCUUCUGGGGACUGCACAUUGAGGCUCUGGGAAUACAAAAGUGGGAAGGAAGUGCACUGCUGUCAUCUGAAUAGUUUGAGUACAUCUGAGGCUUCCCCAAAUGAGAAGGUAAUGCGUUUUUCUGUGAACAUGUGAAUAUCUCUCUCUCUG